AGAAGAAGAAGAAGAAGAAGAAGACGUCUUGACGUAAAGAAGUCUUCGUUACGUCAUGACGCAGCAGCUGUACGUCACAGUGUUCGGUAAGUCGUGUGUAGUUCCGGUGACUGAUCCCCGGGAGAAGAACCGACAGCUCCGGUGAUGGCGGAGCUCCGGUAAAAGCUCUGUGUUCACCGGAGGACCCGGAGGAGGCUCAGUGACGUCACCCGGAGGACCGGAGGACUUCCGGACACAGCCGCAGCGUCUCCCCGUCAGGAGGCUGUGUCCCUCGGCCCGUGUCCCCGGCCCAUGUCCCUCGGCUGCCGGUGUCCACUGAACCCAGAGGACGCUGCUGGCUCUACAUGACGUCAGGUUGUUGGUGUCCUGACUUUGAGGAGUCUCAGGCGUCUGGUUUUGUUUCUUGUCGGGGGGGAGGGCCCUCACUGUGAAUGUGAGAGAGAUAAGCUGCAGCACCAGGAACCGCCCCCCCCCCACUACUACUACCAACCAAUCAGCACGCAGCCUGGAGGACCAUCAUGCAUCUGAAGUCACAUCCAAAGCUCCUGCGCUCGGACUUGCACGUGGAAGCGUCCGGUGGUCAGACGACCUCCCAGCGGAGCGGUCUGUUCGUCGGCCAGCAGGGGGAGCUGCUAAAGACCUGCAGCAGUUACCACGGCAACAUCACUGGCAGCCGGCUUCCGUUCAGUGUCAUCUCCACCAACACGCUUUGCUGUAUCAACGUAACCAACGGCAACGUCGGCAGCAGUGUGGCUUCGCUGCGGCUGAAGCCGUCUAACAGCGCCGCCCUGCAGCCCCCCCCCCCGCCACUGGGCUGCGAGAACGACACACUCAGACUUUACCAGAACGCCACCGAAGACACGGACGUCCCGCUGGACAUCUGGACAGUCAUCAAGCCCGGACAUGUCCGAGAGAAGAUCGCCAUGUUUGCAUCAGAGGGAGGAGGGGCCGAGGCGGGAGGCGGGGACAGCCCCCCCUUCAGCAGCUCCGGCUUCUGGGACAGGAAGCUGCCGGCGUGUGCAAACCACGGCGCCAUGUCGGGUCAAACACGCUCCAUCAAGGCGAAGGGCAGCUGGGAGGAGAAGUGCAGCGCCAAGCGACGCCGCAGGUCGGGGAGCAAUCACCGCCAGAGGACCCGAGUCCUGGAAACUCAGCAACACACUCCUGAACCGCCUCCACCUCAGAGGUCAGAGGUCGGGCGGCGUGAAGGUGAGGAGGUGACAGAGGAGCAGAAGGUGUCCGUGGUGGAGAUGGUGGCGUUCCUGGAGCAGAGGACGAGCGAGCAGCAGACGGACGGUAAACCUGCUGUCACGGUCCAGAGGAGCUCCACCAGCAUCACGCUCCACAGACCGGGCCCGGAGGUCAAAGGGGAGGAGCCAGAGAGCAUCAGUGUGACUGACAUGGUGGCCAAGCUGGAGUCGGAGUGUCUGAGGCGGACGGAGGGCGACCUGUCGAGGAGCAACAGCCUGAGACGCUCGGUGGCACGAGUCCUGCUCGCCGCCGGGAACCAGAGCUCCGCCCCUUCCCAUCCAGCAGCAUCAUCUGUGACACUAUCAAUGACAUCAUCAGCUGCUGUGUCAUCACUGCUGGGAGCUCAGAGUCCAAUCAGCUGCUCGAACAGUGACCACGCCCCCUCAUGUGAGGCUGGGGGGGGCAGUGUCACAGAGGCCGAGCCGCCGCCCGGCUUGUUGUUUUUGUCUCUGCUUCCUGUUGUUGAUUCACAUCCCACCCCUCCCCCCACAGAGCCCCGCCCCCCUGCCGUAGGUCACUCUCCUCACUCUGACAGCCAAUCAGAUGAUAGGGGGAGGAGCCAGGCUGACGGGUGUCAGGAAGAGGAAGUUCUAGGUGCGAGUCUUUGCUCCGAGGCCGUGCAGCCGGGCCGCCGCCCCUCGGUGUCACAUGACUUCCUGUUGAUGCGCCAGCGGCUGCAGCAGCUGCUGGAGCCGACGCCGCUGCUCGCCGUGCUGCCGCACCACCUGCUGCUGAAGGUCUUCCUGCUGCUGCCCACGCUCAGCCUCGCCGCGCUCAAGUGCACCUGCCACUACUUCAAGUUUGUCAUCGACAACUACGGCGUGCGGCCGGCCGACUCGCUGUGGGUGUCGGACCCCCGCUACAGCGACGACCCCUGCAAGCAGUGCAAGAGGAGGACGGGCCGCGGGGACGUGUCUCUGUGCCGCUGGCACCACAAGCCGUACUGCCAGGCGCUGCCGUACGGCCCCGGGUACUGGAUGUGUUGCCAUGGCGCCCACAGGGAUGCGCCUGGCUGCAAUGUGGGUCUCCAUGACAACCGCUGGGUGCCAGCGUUCCAUAGCAUCAAUGUUCCGAUCUACAGGAGGAGCCUCCUGGACAACUGAGUGUGAGAAACUCCCAUGAUGCAACAGCAGAUCAGACGUUCCUUCAAACCCUGACGUUUCAUUGGAUCAGUUUAAGCUUUGAUCUGAUCAUGUGACCAGGAGGUUGAAGACGAUGUGGAGAAAUAACUGAACUCUGAAGGUUCAGCUUCUCGUCAUGUGACAGAAUCAUGAGUCAGCUCAUCGUGAACGAUUCUGAUCUGAAGAGUUUCUUCUUGUGUUCUGACAGAACAGUGUGGCGCCCCCUGCUGCUCAAACCCCACCGCAACGUAAGAACUGUGCUCACAUCAAUUUGACGUUUCCUGAUUCCUCUGUUUUCUACACAAACAAUAAUCAGUGGUUCACAGAUGAAGAGGAGUCCCGGCCAGGACUCUUCCUCACAGGAGUUCCAUUAGUUCAUUAUCCAAACGGUUCCUGUCCAUCAACUGAUCAGUUGACCAAUGGAUGAAGCUCCACCACCUCACAUGGUCUUCAUCAGCAGGAGCUUCCUGUCAUCAUGUCUGAUGAAGACCAUGUGAGAUGGAGGAACGCUGGAGAAAACCACAGAAUAGAACUAGUUGGUGAAACCUUCUGAUGGUUUGAUUGAAGCAGGUCAGCUCCGAUGGAUCAUCUGCUUCAUAUCUGUGUUUUUUUCACCUGUUGAUCAUCAGAUUGAUCGACAUCGAUUUCAAUCGGUGACUUUUCAAACCCGCCUGGACGUUAGGUGAGUGGGGGCGGAGCUUCAGGGGGUCUGAGUGGAGGAACUUAAUAUGCACCUUGUGUUUACAUGAGUCUAAAGGGGGAGUGGUUAAUGUUCAGUCGAUCAGCAGCUGAUGAUCCUCAGGACUGCAGCUCUGACACGUGGCCUUGAUGUAGGAGACGAUGCAAUAUGAAACGACUAGAGAUUAUAAAAAAAGUAUCGGGAGAAAAUAUAACGGAUGUUUUGUUUUUUUAAGUUUUAUUGGUUUCCUGCUUUGUUCUCUGUUGAAGAUCUUUAAUAAAGUGUUUUCUCAUGGGUUUUAAAAUAAA